GUGACUAUGGGAAACUUGGUCACGGAAAUUGUACAACACAGAAGCAACCACGACUUAUUGGUGGGAUUCUAUCUGGGAAAAUGGUGAAAUAUAUUCACGCUGGUUAUCGACACAGUGCUGCCAUCACUGAUGAAGGAGAAUUGUAUACAUGGGGUGAAGGUGAUCAUGGACGUCUAGGUCAUGGUGAUUAUAAUGGAAGAAAUAUGCCCACUUUAGUGCGGGAUAUUGCUGGUGUAGGUUCUGUUGCAUGUGGAAGUGCUCAUACCAUCGCUGUAUCCAUAGAUGGCAAAACGGUAUGGUCAUUUGGAUCUGGAGACAAUGGAAAAUUGGGUCAUGGGGAUACUCACAAGACUGCGAGACCCAAGGUGAUAGAAGCAUUACAAGGAAUGCAUAUUCACAAGGUUGCUGCUGGAAGCCAAUUUUCCCUUGCUCUCACUUCCAAUGGACAGAUAUACACUUGGGGUUUUGGAGCCUGUCUGGGAUGUCGAGGUGGUGAAACAACUGCACUGUUACCACAAUUAGUUGAAGACCUUGCAUCUUUGAGAGUAGUUGAUGCUGCAAUAGGAGACUCACAUGUUUUAGCUCUUACUCAUGACUGUGAGGUUUUUGCAUGGGGAAACAACUCAAUGGGACAGUGUGGGCAAGGUCAUUCAACAUCUCCAGUACAUCGGCCACAUCGCGUUUUGGGUCUUACUGGAGUACCUAUUCAUCAGAUUUCCGCUGGAACAUCCCACAGUGUUUUUUGGACUGCUUUGCCCAUUGACAGGCAAGUAGUGUCAUGGCAUCGUCCAUUCUGUGUUGACCUUCAAGAAGGCACCUUUUCACUGCUGCGAGCAUUUCUUGAAAAAUAUUGUUCAGGAUUUGGGCAAGAUGCUUGCCCUCCACCAUUUCCUCAUCCAGAUGAUCAUCAUCGUUUUGUCAGUCUUUGUUUGAAAUUGCUGUGUGCUCAUUUGUCGUUGGCUCUGACUGGUGGACUGGCCUCUUCUGUCUUGGGCUCUCAAGCGCGCCCACUGAUGCAUCUUCUGUUCAGGUUGGUUGACAUACCAACUCCAAAAAAUGUGGAAGCUGUAGUGAAUGACACUCUAGCAAUUGGAGCUCCAAUGCUGUUACCUCCACUGAGAGAAAGAAUGGAAUUGCUCCACUCUUUGCUUCCUCAGGGAUCCAACUUAACAAAAGGACAGAAAUUGCUAUUGGGAAUCAUUCUAACCAGCCUCGAAGAUCAUGGACAUGUUUCUGCGCUUCUUGGAUACAGCCACUGGACAGAACCAGUCUCCAGUGCUAGUCGCACUGCUGACUCAGAUCUUCAUUCACACCUUCGUUUGGCUGAAGUAUUAAUGAAGACGUUAUUGGGAAACCUGAGUGCCCACACUAUGGAGUGUUUAGAUUCUUUGGAGAAAACUUUGGAACAAGGAGAAAAUGUGGUAUCAGAUUCUGUGAGUUCUGUGAGCAAUUUGUACACUUUGUUGUCUUCACUUCAAACACAUUUGGUGGCCUAUUGUAGUAUGAGCAACAAUGAGUUUCCUGCGGUCAAUCAGAGUAUUGAAUUACUACAAAACCAUUUAAAAAUUCUUCUACCUUUGGCUAGUGAUAUUUUUACUUCAUCAGCAUCCAUUGCUAGCAGCCAUCCAGGUGCUGUGUGUCACCUUUUUGGUGUACUGCAUCAAUCACUGGCUGGAGCCAUGCUGUCAAAGCUCUUGCAUUCAUUGCUUCUAUUGAGUGUGCCCAGUGUUCAGCCUUUGCUUUUCCAUUUGCUGGGCGCUCUCACCACCCUCGACAAACUUAACCAUUUACUGCCAUCAGCACAGUGCUCACAGCUAGACAACACUUCAUCAUCAGAAGCCAAUACACCUACACCAGGAGAGUUGGCUGAACAUGCAUGGUUGUGGUUAUUGGAUCUUGAACGAGCGUGUAGCCUGUUGGUAGGCCGAUGUCUUGGGGGCCUACUGGUUGGAUGUCCCCUGGCAGACGAAGAGGAGCUGGCCCAGCAUUGGCUUAGUCAUGCUCUAUUUUCACAUGGUCUUGAAAAACCUGAGGUUAAUGUGGGACUGCGAGUAAAACAUAUAUCUUACCAACUUUUGAGUGGAAGUGAUGACAGUUCAAAUUGGUUGGAAUUGGGAAUCAUGCCUCUGGAGCCAAGUAUGCAGGCAUGGAAAGAUCUUGCUCUGCCUACUACUUCAGGAGUAGGUGUCGGCAGUGGAGGGGUAGCCACCAGCCAGCUAUAUGAGCAGUUGCUGGAGCAUGCUCAAAGUCACGAUUGGGAUACUUGUGAAGUGGAAGAUGAACCAUUACUUGAAUUGUUGACUCGAGUAGCUUUAGUUACAAUGCUCAAACAUACAGGCCUGUUGACUCAGCCAUCUCAACACAUUGAUGCCAAUCAUGUUGCUGUUCAUGAAGUGUAUCAAAUGGUUUUUGAACUUCGCCGUCGGAUUUUAUCUGCAAAAAGUCAUGGUUCAGUGCCUCAAGAUGAGGAUAUUGUUAGCCUGAGUCACAAUCCAGAAGAAGACAGUGGUAGGGAUGAACGAUUAGAUGACACAGAUGUAGAUGAUACUCAAAGUGAAGGUGGAGGAGCAUCUCCCUUAGUGGCUGCUGAUGGAUAUGAAAUGUUAGCCCAGUGUAUGCUGCAGAGGAGUUUGUUUCUCCUUUUAGCUGUUCGUGGUCCAGAAAACCCCUUUACUGACUUGGAUAAUGCCCAAACCGAAGAUGACAAUGAUAAAUUGCUUAUGGCCAGGGUCCAAGUUGAGUUAGGUGGGACUGUUGGACCAGUCAGCCUCCGUCGGCAGUUAGCGGCCAUUCUUCGCUUUGUUAGUGGAGAGCCAGCGGAGCGUCCACUUCUGGCAUGUGGUGCUGACAUAGAUAUGGGUUGGGGUAGUGACCCUGUGUUGUUGGGUUCUGCCAUGCAGCGACAGCAUGAACGUGCCGAGAGACGACUCUCUGCUUUGAACCAAAUCCUGGAACUUGUUCAAGAUGCAGACAAAGAAGAUCAAAGCAGUCUUCUCAGUUGUGUGCAACAACAACUUCUCAUUGGGUGUUUUGUCCUGGAUGGUGUUUCUGUUCCUGGGGAACCGGUAACGAGUGCACAAUUACACCAUUAUUUGGAUAAUGUUCGAGCUGCUUCUCAAGCCUUACAGUCACAGAUUUGUAGCACAUCUCACCGUAUUUACUCUUUGCUUGUGGGCUUCUUAAGUCGUGCACAAGAUCAGACAGGAACUUCUCACCAAAUUGAUGUUCUAACUGUUUAUGCUUUGAGCGUUCGUUACCAACCAUGUGAUCUAGUACUAUCAGUGACUUGUGGAUUGUUGCCACUUUUGGGAAAGCUUUGUUCUGGAGAUGCACCUUCACCUUUUGAUGAUCGGGGACGACAAGGUCAAGGAAUACUAACUGUAGCCAGCAUGCGUCUUCUACACAUUCUGGCCAUGUCUAGUGGGAUCCAUGCACAUCAACUGACACGGCCAAUCAUAGAAAGUGUUGUUGAUCUGAUGCUUGCCCAACUUGAACAUAUUUUGAAUUGCACGCGGCCCGGUACUAGCCGAAGAGAAUUGCGUUCAGCAGAACGCCAACUUGGUGACUUUUUGGUUUUUGUGCGUCGUGUUGCAUCCAGCUCUGUCCUACGGACUUUACUGGCAUCACGUCAGUGGACCCAAAUGCUAUUGACUGUAGUUGGACAACGUACAUCUGCUGGAGAAGAGCAGGUGAAUCUACCACGCAUUCAUUCUUUACGUCCACGCCUACUUGCACUCCAGUUGUUAGCAGCUGUAUUACCUAGUUUGGACCCAAGUACAGGCACUGAACAUAAGGAACAGGUUGUGCGUGAGCUUUUCUGCCAAUUAGUUGCGAAUAUGUGGGUGUUGCCUCAAGCUAUGGCAGAACAUCAAGCACUACACAAACAAAAGGAACUCCAGCGUAAACUCUGUCAACUCAACAGUCCUGGAGAGGUUUGGUUGGAUAGUGAUAUGUGUGAAGAAAAUGUGCCUGUUCAAGAAAUGGGAUUUGAUGUUGAGAAGUGCCUGUGUUGCACCGUGGAAGGAGGUCAGACUCUAGUGCAUGGGCCUGGAGGUCGUGGCUAUGGUCUAGGAAAUACUGCAAUAACAUCGGGUUGUUAUCAGUGGAAAUUUCUAAUUGUUAAAGAAAACAAAGGCAACGAAGGUACUUGUGUUGGUGUGGCUCGUUAUCCCAUUAAGGAUUACAGUCACCGCACCACAACUGACAUGUGGCUCUAUAGAGCUUACAGUGGUAAUCUAUAUCAUAAUGGUGAGCUGCCACAAUGCUUAGCAAGUUUUACUCAAGGAGACUACAUAACUGUGGUACUGGACUUGGAUGCUCGUACUGUCAGUUUUGGCAAGAAUGGAGAGGAACCACAUUUAGCGUUUGAGGAUGUAGAUGGGACUGAAUUGUUCCCUUGUGUAAUGUUUUAUAGUACAAAUCCUGGAGAGAAGGUGAAAAUGACAGACAUGCAAGUGAGAGGAACUCCCAGAGACAUGCUUCCGGGUGAUCCUCAUUGUGCACCUCAAGCUGCUGUACUUGCUGAAGCCCAUAUAUCUCUUUUAAGGCGGUUAGGAGCAACUGACACAUGGGCUCAACAGGUCAAUGAUUGUCUUGUGGAGCGUUUGAAUCAAGCGCGAGAACUUCUGCCUCCAUGUGAAUCUCAGACAGAGUGGCCAUUCCCCUCUAAAAGCACAGAUGCAAAUAUUUCACCAAAGAGUGAAGACAUUCAAGAAGAGCAAGAAGGCAAAACUAAACCUAGAGAUGCAGACUGGAUGAAACAUGUUAAUCUAGAACAAUUAUGUAAAGAGGUCUGGCCUGCUCUGGCAGUAGUAGGUGGUGUUGACAGAGGCUUACGUGUUGGUGGGCAGUGUGUGCAUCGACCAACUGGUCGUCGGGCAACUGUGCUAGGAACAUUGAAACAAGGCCUAGCCUCCGUGAAAGUGCAAUGGGAUGAUGCAGAUGCUAGUGUCAGUGAUGGCUUGCUCAGUGCUCUGGAACCAUGUGAGCCAUUUCCAUUCCAUCCAAAUAGAUUGAUUGGACUUUCACCAGACAUUAUUUUACAGAUUGCAAGACUUAGUGGUCUCACAGGAGAGCUUACCUUCCCCAUGUGUGAUCUGACAAUGGCUGAAUUAGAACUUGUAAACCCUACACCAGUGCCUCCACCUGCUCCUCAGCGUCGACACUCGACAACAUCAUCUAUUACUAUGACUCGCACUGUCGAAUCCCUCACAAAUGAGAUGGUGUCAAGCAUUAUCGGAGAAGUUACCAGGAGAGGAAGUGCUGAUCGAUUAACUGGAGAACAUAGAACCAAGGAUUUGGAAGACGAAGCAUCUACCAAAGAUAUGACUGCUGCAAGAGCGGCUAAUAUAAAACUCUUAGAAUGUGAAGUAGUUUGCCUACGUGUGGCAUUCCUUCAAUUGGCUGCUCUUAAAACCUUAGCCACUCUCCUGAGCUGUGGACGAUAUGCCGAGUUGUUGUUGGUUCCUCAUACCAUUCCAACAUCUCCUCUACACAAGGAAGUUCAAAAUGAUGGCCAAACAGAACAGCAAGUUCCAUCGGAAGUAGAGGAUACCAAAAAUGAGCCAGCAAUGCAGGAAGAACAAGCUCUCAGAACAGCUCUUCAGACAUUGACUAAGUUUCUGGUGCAGAAGAGUGUUGAGCCCUGUCAUCUGCGCAACCUAGUGAGCAUCGGUGAGCUUGAGCGUGUUCACACAGUAUUGCAUUCAAUGUAUAUGAAGGCGAAAGCUGAAGAAUGUUUCCAUAUCUCUGAAACUGAGACUCAGAUUCGCAGCCUGACAUCUUCCAGAGAAAUUGCUCAUGCUCCCCAAGAAAAUUCACAGGAAAAUGGAGUCCCCCGAGCUGCUCACAAUGCAGUGAGUGCAAGCCCAAGCUCACUCUCUCGUAUAGUGCGAGGAAUUGCUCCUCAUCCACCUGUGCAACCGCCUAGUACCCUGCCAUUGGCAGUGGCCUUGUGCAGUUUCUCUGAGUUCUCCUCUCCUCAACUAGGUUCCCCCUCACUGUCUAACAAGCCUACUCCUCAGUCAGCUCCCCUUCUGCGUGCUCAUCGUCUGCGAUCACCUUCACCACCUCCACCGCCUAUUGCUGCUCCACUGAUGGAGAUGGGCUUCUCUCUUAAACACGUUCAGAAAGCCAUCAAUGCCACAGGAAGUAAUGGAGAUAUGUCUGCUCACACAAUCAACCAACUUGCCACAUGGAUGAUUGAACAUCCUUGUAUUGAUUCAGACCUUUCUGAAAGUACUAGUGAAGAAUGUGGUCUAUCAGCUGGAGCUGAUAUUUUACUGAGUAGGCCACAGCGAUUGGUCGAGGCAUCACAGUGCUCUCCCGAGUUGGACCUCAGUGUGGUACGUCGUGGACCUGGUCUUGGGCCACGCCGACGUCCGUGUUCAGAUAUUCGCAAUUACUUGGCAGAACGAGAACGUGCUGCCCAAGACAGAGAGCGGCAGCAUGUACGAGGUGAAGCUCAACCUUUGUAUGGAGCAGCUGCUGCAGUUACUUCUGAUUUAGAUCUCCAAGCAUCAGAUGGUGCAGGCACCAGUUCAGGAGUGUUCCCUACUGCUGAUCUACAUUUGGACUGUAGCCCUCCUCCGUUAUGUGGGAUAUGUCACCAGACAUCUUUCCAUCUGGCUGGGCAUAUGCUUUCUGCACAUCCAGGUUGUGGUCAUCUAUGGGGAGCAGGCUACUGUGGAAAUAUCAUAGGUACCAACUAUUUAAUGUGUACCAAGUGCCAGGACAAGUACUCCCUGCAGUUUCAAUGCUACCCAAAACAAGGAGAAUCUUCAUGUAUACAGGCAGGACAAUCGGGCAGUCAUCCUCAUGUACCUCCUACAAACCUUGCUCAGACAAUAGCUCCUGACCUCAUGGCAAAUGCUGCAAAUUCUGAUGAAGUGGAAGUUGAUAUGUUGGCUGUAGCCGUUGAUGAUCGUGUAGGGCUUCUCACCGAGAGCUUCUUGAAGCGGCAGGUCUCACCAGAGCCUCUUCCCUUUAAGGAGUGGGAUCCACUUGGUGCUAGUAGUGUCCCUAAUGUCACAGUGGACACAAAUUUCAGUGCUCCUCACCAAAGUGGCCUCCAUCGAUUGGGUGGCAGCAAAUCAUUAGGGGAACAAGCAUCUCUCCUUGUAUCUUCACAAGACCGAAUCACUGCUUUACACAGGACUACAGCUGCAGCCCAAGUUCUUAUUGCUCGUUCAAUUGUGAUGAGUGUGUUAUCGCUUCUCUCUGUGAGCAGUUCAUCAUGUAGUCUGGCUGAUGGCCUUGCAGCAGAAUUGAUGGCUGCUGCUAUGGGAAAUAUGAACCAACCAACAGCUAGCUUUGCAGUAACCCAAGCCUUAGUGAGCCUGCUUGCAUCUCAUGGUGGCACUGCUUUGACUGAAUACCCAAGAGAAGAAAAGCAGUUAGUAAGUCCUACAGAGAGCCCAAACAGUCCCCUGCAGCUAGCAGAUGCUCUUGCUGCUUGUGUUCUCUCCCCACGUUUAGCAGCUGAGCAUCGUCAAUGGGCAUCACAACAAUUGGUAAAAUGUAUAGCUGCGAAAGCAACUGUUCUACCAGCUUCAUCAGUAGAAAACUUAAAUUUUGCUGAUCUGUCAGGAGUAAUGCCACCUUGUCCUACUACAGAACUUGAAGGUCAUGGAAAUCGUACAUUUUUGGAACACACAGUGGUUUUUCAUAAAGCUGAUGGAGCGUAUGGCAGUGAAUUGGAUGGAGAAAUAAUAAGUCACCUUGGAUGGUCUCCCUCUGGACGAUUCAUUGCUGCAGCAAUGCAAGACACUGUCAAUAUUUGGCACCUUCCAGAAAAUUCAAGUUCUUCUCUGGGCAGUGAGAAGCUGCACAUAACAACUUUAUCAGGAUGGGUCACAUGCUGCACGUGGCCACAACAACGGCCCCAACUUGACUUGUCUUCUCCUGAAAAUUUGCUAGUUGGAACUAUAAAUGGCUUAGUAGUCCUUCUGACAGUUUCUCCUACUGGAUUGCAGCGAGAAGAUCUUCCUCAACACCAAAGAGAUUGUGCUCCAAUCACUCACAUGGAAUGGUUUGAUGAAGAGAAAGAAUUUGCUAUUGCAUAUAAUGAUGGUGUAAUACAUUUGGGUCGCAAGAAUGCUAAUUAUCAAUUACAUUCCUUUGUUGCUCAUCAGGGAACAUUGGCAAGCAUGAAAUGGGAUCCAACGGGUCGUAUUUUAGCUACUUGCGGUGCAGAUGGAGUGUGUCGUCUUUGGCAUCAAACAGAAACAUCUUGGCGAUGUCUUCACACGCUAAUGCCGUCACAUGAACCAGUAUCACUGCAAUGGUCUCCAUAUGUGGGCAAAAGUUCUCAACCUUUGCUGCUAUGUGCUGGCACAAUGCAAGGAAGUGUAAAUGUGUGGACUGUGCCAGAUGGAUUGGAAGAACAGCAAACUACAGCUGGACCUCACCUUGUAAUGACCCUUCAAGGCCACUUGUACCACCCAGUUACCACAUUAGCUAUUCAUCAAGAGGGUCUUUUAUUGGCCACAGGGUGUCAUAAAGGACCCAGUGGUGUUGUCAACAUCUGGUCAUUGCAAGAUGGCAGUCUGCUUCAGACUCAGACUGGAACUGGAGGAGUUCACAGUUUAUCAUGGAUGAGAUGUGUAGGCCUUGCCGUUUGCUUCAGUCGUUGCAAGGAUGUGCGAAUUGUGCAUUACACAGUGCAGAAACUUGCCUUAGAGAGGGUUCUUGCUGCGAGCCGUGGAGCAUUGCUUCGACAAGGAGUUUCCGGACUGCAGGCUGCCCCAUGUUUGCGUGCCUUGCUUUUAUCUUUUCCUGCAUUGUUACGUGAACAGUAUCAGUAUGAAAAGCCUUUAGUGGUGAGUGGUGAGCAACUCCUCCACAGUGACCACCUCAAAUGCCUUGCAGCAUUGGCUCUGGCCCUACAGUUAGAUCAUGUGCUCUGUCUGCAGUUAUCACCACCCAAUUGCACCCAAUAUGGUACUGUUGCUCCAGAAUGGCAAUGGUUGCAUGUGUUUGGCGUUGGAGUGCGAACUGCAGAAGCUUUAGUCAAUCGUACACCAUUGCCUGAAGAGUUUUGUUCUUAUGCCUGCAGUUUGACAGAAGAAGAGGAGGAACCUGCCGUUACCAAUAAUACAGCAUGGAGUCUGAAAGCAGAUGAGCAAAUAAUGGCAUGGUCCACACAGCAGCCACAUGACUGGCAGAUGGGAGGAAAGUGCCAGGCUUUCUUGUGGGGAAGAAGAAGUUCACUUGUCCCAGCUGUAACUGACUCUUUCUCUGGAGCUCAACAAAUUGUCUGUGGUCAGAAUUGCACUUUUGUCAUUCAGGCUAAUGGUACUGUUUUGGCAUGUGGUGAAGGUAGUUAUGGACGCCUAGGACAAGGAAAUUCUGAUGAUCUUCAUUCACUUAACAUUAUUUCUUCAUUACAAGGCUUUGUGAUAGUUGCUCUUGCUACAUCUUGUGGAUCUGAUGGACACAGCUUAGCUUUGGCUGAAAGUGGAGAAGUUUUUUCAUGGGGGGAUGGUGAUUAUGGAAAGCUAGGCCACGGAAAUAGUGACCGUCAGCGACGGCCUCGUCAAAUAGAAGCUCUUCAAAACGAAGAAGUAGUGCAAGUGGCUUGUGGCUUCAAACAUAGUGCUGUUGUUACUGCAGAUGGGAAGCUCUUUACAUUUGGAAAUGGUGAUUAUGGACGCCUUGGACUUGGAUGUAUGGCUAACAAAAAGUUGCCUGAACGAGUGGCUGCAUUGGAAGGUUACAGUGUAGGACAGGUGGCGUGUGGACUCAAUCAUACAGUGUGUGUAUCUAGUGACGGAAGCACAGUAUGGUCUUUUGGAGAUGGAGAUUAUGGUAAACUGGGCCUAGGAAAUACAACAACACAGCGAACUCCCCAGAGAGUGGAACUUGUGUGUGGAUUAGGAAUAAAAAGGGUGUGCUGUGGAACCCAAUUCACAGUAUUUCUUACUCAUAAUGGACGCUUGUUUACAUGUGGUAUGGAUAGACUCAUAGGACAACCAGAGUCUCGAGCCCGUGGCCACACCAAACCCCAACAGGUUCCAGCUCUGAGCUCAUGUUUUGUAGAGGAAGUGGCUGUGGGGGCUGAACAUGCCUUGGCACUAACAUCUUCUGGUGAUGUUUGGGGAUGGGGAAAUAACUGUGAUGGACAGCUGGGGCUUGGUCACACAGCUGUUAUCCGUGAGCCUCAGUUGGUCACUGCUCUCUCAGGCAAAGGCAUCAAACAGAUAUCUACUGGACGAACUCACAGUGCUGCUUGGACUUCUCCACCGUUACCACGAAGAUGUCCGGGAGUGUCCAUUCCUUUGCGUUUUGGAUUGCCCACUCGCAUUCCUCCUCAAUAUGGCCACUUGCAAGGACUGCCGAUCACUGCCAUACAAGCUCGUCUCAAAUUGUUGCACCGCUUUUCUGAUACACUUUAUGCUUGUUGGCGUCUAUUACCCCUUUGUCCUCAGCAAUGUGAAUGGCUUACACCAGCCCUCAAGGUGUUUACAUCAGCACAGCUGCGACCACUUCUUGCACCACGUGUCUAUACUCUCCCAUUAGUGCGAAGUGUAGGCCGUACCAUGGUGCAAGGUCGUAACUACGGUCCCCAGGUCACAGUUCGUCGCUUGGCAACUCGUGGCCGACGAUGCAAGCCUAUUUUUGUGCAAGUUGCUCGGCAGGUAGUCAAAAUGAAACCAGCUGAGCUUCGCCUGCCUUCACGAGCUUGGAAGGUGAAAUUAGUUGGAGAAGGAGCUGAUGAUGCUGGAGGUGUUUUUGAUGACACCAUAACAGAGAUGUGCCAAGAACUUAUCAGUGGUUCUGUGCCAUUACUGGUCCCUACUCCAAAUGCAUUGAAUGACACUGGGUACAAUAGAGAUCGGUAUCUUUUGAAUCCUCAAUUGUGCUCUGUGCAGCACAUUUCAUGGUUUAAAUUUCUUGGUAUUCUGUUUGGUGUUGCUGUACGAACCAAAAAACCAUUAGCAGUUCCAUUAGCGCCCUUGGUAUGGAAACUUCUGGUUGGUGAACCUGCGACAAUGGAUGACUUAGAAGAGACUGAUAGCUUGUAUGCCCAAAGCCUAAGGGGUAUUCGAGACAUUCAUUUGUCUGGUGUAACUGAAACAACAUUCCAUGAGGUUAUUCCACUGGAAUGCUUUGAAGGGACCAGUUGUACUGGAAAAGUGGUUCCAAUCAUCCCAGGUGGACGUAGUGUCCCUUUGACAUUUCACAACCGCCUGCAAUAUGUAGAACAAGCUGUCCAUUUCAGGCUUCAUGAAAUGGAUUUACAGGUUGCAGCAAUGCGAGAGGGUAUGGCUUGGAUUAUGCCAGUUCCUCUUCUCUCUCUAGUUACUGCUCAACAUUUGGAACAAUUGGUUUGUGGAUUGCCACACAUUUCUAUUCAGCUCCUGCGAAAAGUAGUUAGGUACCGUGAACUUGACGAGAGCAGCCAAUUGGUUCAGUGGUUGUGGGAUGUCCUGGAAGGCUUCACUAAUGCUGAAAGAGUAUUAUUUAUGCGCUUUGUUUCUGGAAGAUCUCGUCUGCCAGCAAAUCUUGCUGACCUCUCUCAACGAUUCCAGGUCAUGAAAGUAGAUCGUGCACCAGAUGGACUCCCCACAGCACAGACCUGCUUUUUUCAACUAAGACUGCCUCCUUACAGUAGCCAGGAAGUGUUGGCAGAACGACUGCGUUAUGCCAUUAAUAACUGUCGUUCAAUUGAUAUGGACAAUUACAUGCUAGCUCGAAAUGCUGAUGUGGGACAGGUUUCAGACGAUGAAUAUUAGGAUAUUUUGCGUUUUAAAUUUAAAUCCAUGUAUAGUUUGUAUUCUUGCAAUGGGUUGAAAAGACAACCUUCACAGAACCAAGCUUUGUAUUAUCUCUUAUGUCGAUAUGUUUAAAUAAACACGUGCGUUCAAUACUUCUGUAAGAGUGAACUUUAUAACCUUCAAAUUUUUGAACAUUUUAUAAAUAAUUCUAUUUACAUUCUAAAAUAUUAACAUUUCUGAAAGAAGAUACUUUUAUUCAUAUUUAGAGAAGACUUUGUUGAGGAUGGCAGCGUCUGUUGGAGCAGUGGUGAACAAGCUUCCUAUGAAUUUGUGUUUCUUUCCUAAUCCAAUUACUUUACAACCUGCUUGUUGUAUUACUUGAAAAUCCAGACAACGGAAACGAGGAUCUGUUUCGUAUAGGGGCAUAGUUGGUGCUGGACUAAUACAAGGCCUGCCAGAAAAGGGAUUGAUGAAGUCGGCCCAAUAACCUGCCAUCCUUAAUCUGGCACAAAUUUCUUGAGCAGCUAGAACAAAUGUUUUAACCAUCCCCUCAUUUCCAGGAUCUUCACGAGUGUCAGGACAUGUCUUACACGAUAGAGAUAUUAUUGUCAGGGCAGAAUCAGUAAAGUCCAACCCAUUAAAUAAUUCUGUAACUCCUAAAAAAGAACUGGGCAAUCUUGUGUUGAAAAUUUAAAAUGUCCAUUUAUCUCUUUAGUAUUACCUUUUCAUCGGAAUCUUCCCCUAAAGGAAACGAAAUGGUUCCUAAUUGAGCAAUUGAGGUAGCAUCGUACCAUGCUGGGCCAACACUUCCCGGAAGGAAGAACCGAUACCCAUAUGGUGUAAGUAACUCCCAAUUUGGUGGUAUGCUGAGAAGAUUGUCUUCUCCAUUGUUCACAGAUUUUUUUGCCUUCACAACUUUGUAAGGAUCAGCAAGUUCAGAAUCGCUACGUUUUGAAUAAAGUGCUACAGAAAAUCUAAAAAGACGAUGCAAACCCCGCUGGUAGGUUAGUUUUUGUGAGCAAAGCAUCUCCAAGUUGAUAUAUUUAUGAAGAAAUCAUAACGCACCCCUCUUGGUUCGUUUCUUUUCAUUACAAUUUACUGAUAACUUCAUUAUAUAUUGCCAGACAUUCCAUGAUUUCACUUUCAAGUACUACGAGAUAAUUUUUUCAGAUAAACGCACUAAUCACUUUCACUUGUUUACUACAGUUCAUUUGUCUACCUUGUCUAUGAUUUUACCCAUGUAUUCUACUGUACAUUCUUCUACACAAUGUCCUAUUCUCCUCCCCCAAUGAAUUUGCUCAGAAAAAUCUCAUACAUUUUCAAAUCACUUUUCUUCUUUUAUCUUAAUAAGCACGCGUGGUUUAAGAAGCGAAGCACCAUUGGUUAUUUUGUAACGUUCUUGUUACUGUGAAUAAGCGAUACACCAUUUCUCUACAGUUGAUAUCGGAUGUAAUGU